ACGAUGACCACGAUUUUGAACUUGCAGUGCCGUUUGUGACUGCCAAAAAUGCAAUACCUAGAAUGGACAAUUAUGUGGAAAAGAUUGUACCUCAGUUUGACGAUGGACAAUUCAAAUCCCAUUUCCGAAUGCUCCCUGAAACGUUUGAAUUCAUAUUGAAAAUAAUUGCACCAAAAUUGGUUUGA